GUCAGGCACACGCGAGGGGCAGCCCCCGAGGGCCGUCCCAGAGGCCCCCGCGCCGCCGGGGUCCUAACGGGGUGCACCGUCUUCCGCCGCACGUGGAUUCAGCGCGAUGCCCAAAUCCAAGCGCGACAAGAAAGUCUCCUUAACCAAAACUGCCAAGAAAGGCUUGGAAUUGAAACAAAACCUGAUAGAAGAGCUUCGGAAAUGUGUGGACACCUACAAGUACCUUUUCAUCUUCUCUGUGGCCAACAUGAGGAACAGCAAGCUGAAGGACAUCCGGAACGCCUGGAAGCACAGCCGGAUGUUCUUUGGCAAAAACAAGGUGAUGAUGGUGGCCUUGGGUCGGAGCCCAUCUGAUGAAUACAAAGACAACCUGCACCAGGUCAGCAAAAGGUUGAGGGGUGAGGUGGGUCUCCUGUUCACCAACCGCACAAAGGAGGAGGUGAAUGAGUGGUUCACGAAAUACACAGAAAUGGACUACGCCCGAGCUGGUAACAAAGCAGCUUUCACUGUGAGCCUGGAUUCAGGGCCCCUGGAGCAGUUCCCCCACUCCAUGGAGCCACAGCUCAGGCAGCUGGGCCUGCCCACCGCCCUCAAGAGAGGUGUGGUGACUCUGCUGUCUGACUACGAGGUGUGCAAGGAGGGCGAUGUGCUGACCCCAGAGCAGGCUCGCGUCCUGAAGCUUUUUGGGUAUGAGAUGGCUGAAUUCAAGGUGACUAUCAAAUACAUGUGGGAUUCACAGUCGGGAAGGUUCCAGCAGAUGGGAGACGACUUGCCAGAGAGCGCAUCCGAGUCCACAGAAGAGUCAGACACAGAAGAUGAUGACUGAAAGGGACUCGGGACUGAAGGUCUCCUGGAAGCUUCUGGGUCUCACUGGACCAUCAGGACUGCUGCUGCCCCUCUGGAGAGAGCAGCUUUUUAUUUGUCUGUAGACAGGGAACGUGAUGGGCACUGACCUCCUGUAAAGAAUAAAACUGUGGGCCGGGCGCGGUGGCUCACGCCUGGAAUCCCAGCACUUUGGGAGGCCGAGGCGGGCAGAUCAUAAGGUCAGGAGAUUAAGACCAUCCUGGCUAACACGGUGAAACCCCGUCUCUACUAAAAAUAGAGAAAAAAAACUAGCUGGGCAUAGUGGCAUGUGCCUGUAGUCCCAGCUACCCAGGAGGCUGAGGCAGGAGAAUCGCUUGAACCUGGGAGGUGGAGGUUGCCGUGAGUUGAGAUUGGACCACUGCUCUCCAGCCUGGGCAACAGAGAAAAACUCUGUCCCAAAAAAAAACAAAAAGAAUACAACCUUGCAGGAUGUCUCUCCUGGAGACAACGAGAGGGAGAGGAGGGAGAGGGCUGUUUCUUAGAAAAGAGGCCUUUGGUGAGCCCAGAAAUUUGAAACCAGCCUGGGCAAUUCAGUAAGAUCCCGUCUCUACAAAAAAUAAAAAAAAAUUAGGCGUGGUGCCACGUGCCUGUGGUCCCCACUGCUUGGGAGGCUGAGGUAGGAGAAUUGCUUAAGCCUGAGAGUUGGAGGCUCAGUGAGCCAUGAUCAUGCCACUGCACUCCAGCCUGGGUGGCCAUUGAAUUUGUUCUGCGUGGAUUGCCUCAGUUUGCCUUGUCAGCCAACUUCCACUGGCUGCCUUGGCACUGCCAUGACAGCACAGCUCCACACCAGAGCUGGGGUUUCUCUUCAGUCCUGGGUACCCCUUGGCAGAGGGAUUUGCUGAGGAAAAUUAGGUAUCCUUCCUAGCCCUCCACACACUUCCAAACCAGGGCUGCGGAUCUGAUGGAUGCCAGGAAGACAGCCUUGGGCUGAGAGUGACAUCACUGCAAGAGUCGAGAGCCAGCGUCUAAAGUGUCCACGGCAUCCUGGGAGGUUUUAUCCUUGGUGACUCUAAUGGUAGAUUUUUGUCCACCUUGUUCUAUUUGUUUUUGUUUGUUUUUGAUUUUUCUGUUUUAAAAUUUUAAGGAGAGAUGGGGUUUCACCAUGUUGCCCAGGCUGGUCUCAAACUCCUGAGCUCAAGCGAUCUACCCACCUUGGCCUCCCAAAGUGCUGGGAUUAUAGGUGUGAGCCACCGCAUCCAGCCCACAUUGUUCUAUUUGUAUUUCAUGAAAGCAGUUCUGAAUGAGAGUAAAUCAGCUUCAGGGUGUA